UCGCCCCAGUGUAAUGGAUGUUAUGGUUAGUGAACUUGGUGGUAAUGCUAAGGUAAUUAGGCAGAAACAUCCACGACAUUGCAACCUUAAGACUACAAGUUACCGACUUUUGUAAUUAAUACUGUCUGGCAUCACAUGGUCGCCAAUAGACUUUUUCUACGGUGCUUGGAGAAAAGAUUUUUCAGUGCUCGAGAACAUGCAAGGCAUGGAUCCAUGACUAAUGGAAACUGCGCCAAGCGGCGACAUCGGCAGAAGUUCUCACUGAAGACGACUUGCUGCGGUGGCAACUUAGUGCUGGUGCACUAGAGUUGACCAUUUGUCCGCCAUAUAAAUUCAUCAAGAUGGUGAAACAAGAAGCUCCAGGUUCAGCUCGUCGGCCCUCAUCCAGGUCUGCCAAGAGGUCCCCCCACCUCUCCGGGGGCCUGAAGGACCUGUCACUGCUAGACAAGGCCAAAUCUGACACCAAGGCGGACAGCGUCCCUCUGGAGCUUCAUCUGGGCAGAGAGGGGGGCCAAGGCCAUGGCCAGAGGGGUUUCCCCGAUCGAGUGUACCACAUGGCGGCUGCCAUCUUCCAGAGGUCCCACGUCGAGAAGCCCCCCCACCUCCGCCUCAUCAGCUUCGGCAAGAGGAGUAGCAACGGGAACCCAUUGCCUGGUGGCGGCAAAGAUGACUGGACGCAGCGAUCUGCCUACGACCUCGCCUUCAACACACUCAAAUAUCAAGAGUUGCUGGAGGACAUGAUGAUUGACAGCUGCUUCUACCUCUCUCAGCCAAUGCCAGAUGACCUGAUGAGUCUGGUGGCCGUCAUGCUGUAUGACUUCCAGGACAGGAAGUUCCUCCCCCGAGAGUGGCCAGCCAGUGGCAAUGAGGAGAAGAAGGCAGACGUCAGAAAGGUGGAGGACUACCUGCUGAAGUUUAAGACCAAGCUGGCGGCUUCUCUUGCGCGCUGCAGGAUCAAACACGACCUGCUGACCAUCGACCGCAUGCUGCCCGACACCGUCCGCACCAGCCAGGAGCGAGCCAGCAGCCAGCCCCUAUACGCCUGGGUCAACACGCUCAAGACAAGUCUAGAGGAGGUGCUGGAUCUGCUGACAUCUGAGGGCUUCACGCAGGUUAAGUCUCCUAAGCAGCUGGAGGGCCUGACGUUCUGUCGUGACGCACACUGCCAGGACCUGCUGGUGUUCCCUUCUGAGCAGAAGCCCGAGCUCUAUCGCACCAAGCUCCUCAGCCAGCACAAGCUCGUCUUGCAGGACAAGUCGUGCUGUGUGGGCCCGUGGCUGGCCGGAAACCUGCUGGGUGCGGAGGGGGACAUCCUGGUGGCCGGGGCCACAUCCAUCACCACAGUGGCCCAUGUAGCAGCCAUCGCAGCUGGGAAGGCACCGCCGGGCCCCGGGUCCAACAAGAGGAGCGGUGGCAGUGUGACCAGCGGCCUCUGUAAAGGCUCCAAUGCCAAUGCUAGCAGCUCCUGCAAGGUGUUUGUCUGCAUCGGGGACCUCAACGCCGGCAAGAGAGUGGAGCUGCAGGAGACCUUGAACGACCUGGGCUGCAAGAAUGUGAAGCUGCUCCCCGAGGCCUUCCAAGCGCUGGACGUGAGCGAGUCGUACCUCCAGAAGGUUCAGCUGGUGCUGCUGACGCCCCAGUGCUCGCUGUCUGCAGUCUGCAACCCUGUGCACUACUUGCUGCAAGAAAAUGGAGACACGGAGCUCCUCCAGGACCUUUCCCAUGGUUCCAUAGCCCAAGAAAAGAUGGCCGCCCUGGUGGCCCACCAGAGCAAGGAGCUGAAACACGCCCUGCGAAUCCCCCGAGUGCAGUCGGUGGUGUACUGCACCUGUUCGGUGUAUCCAGAGGAGAAUGAGGAGCUGGUGAGGAGAGUGCUGGCAAGAGGACCCACAGACGAGGAACAGCAGGACACACCGCCCUUCAAGCCCAACUCUGCAGUGUUGUCCCAGCAGCUGAGUAUGGAGUCGGAGGUGGUGGCGUCGGCUGCGGAGGUGCUGGCGCGCGCGGCUGCCAAGGGCCUGCUGGAGGGCAUCCAGACCAGCACCAGCACCAGCACCGGCACCAACGCCAGCGGCAGCAGCAAUGCCCUGUCCAAGAAGGACAAGCGCUCCCGCUCCAAUCACAAUCACAAGCACCACAGAGGCCAGAGCCGCAAGGCGCACGCUUCAGCCAGUACUCCCAACCGCGUCGCAGAGGUCUACAACAAUAACCGUCAGACCAAAGCCAGCAGGUCCACCCCAGCCAUGACGGGAUGCCACAGGAGCAAGGCCUCGCUGCAGUCCUUAGGAGGCAAAUCCAAACCUUCUCACCUGCAGCAGCAGCAGCAUCAGACAAAAAUCGUCUCAGCUAACAAGGGCUCCACAUACCUCACCACCUCCAACUCCAGCACCGGCAAUCCCACGCCCAGACCAAGCGUCUCCAAAGCCAUCCCCAUCCGCACCCCUACCGCUCCUACCCAAGGCCCAGGCCGAACCUCGACCUCCUCCUCCUCCUCUCUCAAGCCCCGGACGGGACCCAGCGAGGUGCUGAGGCCCAUGCCCCUGAUGCUGCCCCCGGCCGUCUUCCCCGGCAGCCCACCGCCCUCCGCCGCCUCCCACACUGCCCCGCUCAACAACCCAACCCUCCCGCGGGCCCCCAACCUGCCUCCGGUGCGCUCCAACCCGGCGCUGUCCUACCUGUACUGGAGGAACAGGGAGAGCAGCAGCCACCACCAGCACCACCACGUGGCCUCCAUCCCAGCAUCACGCUCCAGCGGCAGCAUCCACGGCAUCGCCAUCCACCCACGGCCCUGGCUGUGAGGGUGCCAGGCAGGGGGGAUGUGCAUACACAUAAUAUAUACAUUAACAUGGAUAAACACAUACAUAUGCAUAUACACAUAAUACAUAAAUAAACGGAUGCAAAC